AUUUUCUGUAGAGAUGGCAUGCUUAUAGUUCAUUUCUUUCGAUCCUAUUGUAAAUUGUAACUGUAUGUAUACAAUGAUAUUUCACACUUGGUAUUUUCAUAUGAUACAUAAAAAAGAUUGAUUAAAAAUUUUAUAAAAAUGUCAAAUUCGCUUGUACGAAAAGGACUUGAAUUGUUGGGUUACGAAAAAAGUGUAAAGCAAGAAAAAAAGAAAAGAAAACACGUAAAAUAUAAAGGUUCGCUGGAUCUGAUCCCUCCAAAACACAGGAUAUUUUCUAAAAACGAUAAAACAGAUCUCGGAACAAUCCUUGGUCGAUCAAGCAAAGUAACUGUUUACGAAACUAAAAAAAAAUUAGCUGCAAAAGUAGAUCCUACAGAUGAAAAUGUACAGAGGCUUUUAUUGCUUAGCACUAAUCGUAUUGAUCCAAAUACAACAAAUAAGUUAUUAAGCAGAGCUCUGAGAAAGAGAUAUAUUCCAAAGGAAAAGAAACCUAAGGAACCUGAAGCCACUGCAUUUACUGAAGAAGAUUUUAAGAAAUUUGAAAAAGAAUACGUGGAUCAGUAAUGAUAAUUUUAUAUUUCUUAAAUUAUAUAUUAGGUAAACGAAUUUCAAUUAAUGAACUUUACUUAGUAUACAUGGUAUUAUGGUAGCCACCAAUAUAUAAAGACAUUUAAUUGUAUUUCGUCUGUAAAGCAAUAUUAUUUUUUGCAUGUUUAUAU